GUCUUGUCCAGGUGGCUGCGGGAGCACACGCACAAGAAAUGUUUGUGUUUAGACGGGCGAGGCGCGGGACUGGCUUUACCUGUGCGACAGGGAUUUGUGGUCAUGGGCGUCGGACACGGAGGCUUGAGAGAGGAAGGAGAGGUGAGACAACAAGAGUCCUCAAGCAGGAAUCCAAGCGGGACGCCAUGUGGACGACGACUGUCCUCCUCCUCAUGCUGUCCCCUCGUCUGACGGCCUCCGCUGACCAGACUAGGACUCUCAACCAAUCAGAGGCGGAGGUCAAGGAAGACUUCCCUGACACACCUGCUGACCCCGGCCGGGGGGAGGAGGGAGGGGUCAAAGGUCGCGACACCUGCUUCAUCCCCUGUGACAUCACCGUCCGGCUGCUGCGGGAUGAGAAACAGUCAAUCUGUGGCCAGCUGCAGCAGUCGUUGUUGGCGUUCGGCCGCAGCAACAGGAAGUUGAUGCGUGACGUGAUGGAAGAACAACAGCGAGCUCUGGACGUCCUCACCAGUCAGGUGUCAGAGGUGAUGAACAAAGUGCAGGCGCUCAGCGCGGAGGUGCAGCGGAGCAACGCCGACACGUUCGCCGCCAAACCUCCUCUAUCGCACGGGCGGGACUGCAGCGACAUCAAGGACAGUCUGAUGUCCCUGGUCCCCAAGAUCCCCAGCGGGAUUUACAUCGUCAGCCCGGACGACUCGGACUCGUCCUUCGAGGUCUUCUGCGAGAUGGACUACAUGGGCGGGGGAUGGACGGUGAUGCAGCGCAGGACCGACGGCCUGGUGGACUUCAAGCGACCCUGGGCGGACCACGUGGGCGGCUUUGGACACCUCGCAGGUGAGCACUGGUUGGGCCUGAAGAAGGUCUUCGACAUCGUCAACCAGAAGGGGAGUCGGUUCCAGCUCCACGUGGCCCUGGUCUCCCACGACGACGUCACCUCCUACGCCGCCUACGACGACUUCCGCCUGGACAACGAAACUGACUUCUUCCGCAUCCACCUGGGCAGGUACGCCGGCAGCGCAGGGGACGCCUUCCGCGGCUACGAGCAGGACCAGAACCAAGACACGGCCCCCUUCAGCGCCUCGGACGUGGACAACGACGGCUGCGAGCCCUCCUGCUCCAUGGGGGGUCUGACGGUGGAGAGCUGCAGUGCCCGACACCACCACACGGGGUGGUGGUUCAACCGCUGCGGCAUGGCCAACCUCAACGGGGACGCCCGGCAGGACCCGGGGCCUCGGACCGUGGGCGUCCUGUGGGACACCUGGAGACACAAGGGAGUGGCCCGAGUCAUCAAGUCCGUCACCAUGAAGAUCAGGAGGAUGCCGGCUAAUAACUAACACAAAAUGGUGGGAGGUCGAAUAUUGAUGAGCCUUUUGUCUGAUUUGGUGUAAUGUCGUUGUGUUGCCAUGUGGUCCGACUUAUUGGACUGCUGCAAGUUUCUUCUUUAGGCUAUUAUUUUUAUUUGAUUUGAUUUGAUAUAUAAUGUUUGUGGGUUGCUUGUCUGGGGGAGAAGAAAAAAAACAUUUGAAAUGUGUUUGAUUGUAUUUUUGGACUUCACAUGUCAACAAUGCAAUACGCAAAUGUUCCAAAAAAAAAAAAAAAAAAUAAAUAAAUAAGGUUCCAGGUUAGAAAA